AUGUUGGAAGAUGAUGUUUUUGGAGUAAUGUAUGGUGCUUUGAAAGGUCGUUUGGAGGAAUUCGGUGGUUGGAAGGAAGAGAGGGAUUCGGUGGUGUGGAUUGGGAAAACGGCCGCGGAUAAGGUUUUCUCGGUGGCAUCUUGUUAUGAUUUUUAUAUGCGUCAUCGGAUCCCAUUUGGGCCUUGUAACAAAAGUGAUGAGGCUUUCGGCUUACUAUGGAAGACGGAGGUUCCUUUUAAAAUAAAGUCUUUCGAUUGGAGACUUUUCCACAAUAGACUUCCCACAAAAGAUCUCUUGUUGUGUAGAGGUAUGUCAAUACCUUUAGAUAGUUUAAAUUGUGUUUUGUGUGGCAAUUGUGAGGAGACAAUAAAACACUUCUUUUUUAGUUGUUCGGUGGUUAAAAAGGUGUGGGUGGAAGUGGCUUUAUGGGUGGAUAAAGGGGAGACUAAUGUUUAUGAUUGCAUGGCAAAUUUUCUAGAUUGGUAUAGUUUCUUUCGCCUAAAGAAAGUGAAAGAGGGAAAGUUGGGGGUGGUGUUGCUUGCGACCUCUUGGACCCUAUGGAUUCUUAGCAAUGGGGUUUGCUUUCGGAAGGACAAAUGGAGCGUAAACGAUAUUGUUUGGAACAUGAAGUUGCUCGUUUGA